AUGACCGUGUUUAUGGUCUUUUGUAGAUGCACCAUUUGUAAUGUUACUAAUGUAGCUCACCCUAUAAACCCAUAACAGCUAAUAUUUCGUUAAUAGUUCAGCUUCUAUGUAUGAAAUGACAUGCAGCUAGCAAUAGAAAAUAUGAAGUAAUGUUGCUUUAAAGUGCAUAAGUCAGUGUAUUAAGAAGAGAAAAGAUGAUGUCUGAGGCAGGGUCAGAUGGUGAACAGGGCGGACCCCCUGUGAAAACACAGAUAAGUGAAGCUUCCAGGCCUGACCUACAUGGCCUUCUGCCAGGUGGUAAUGCAUCCUCAGCAGAUGUGAGCCCCUCUACUGCUGCAGAGACCAGUGGCUUGUUGUCAUUACCGUGGGAGAUGGUAACCCACAUUGCCUCACACCUUCCUGCUCAGUGUGUCAUUACGGUGCUGCCAAAGGUAUGUCAUGCCUUGAGUAAUGUGGGCAAAGACAGCACUGCUUGGCAGAUUCGGGCACGCAGACUGGUAGGAUCCCAAGCUGGCUUUCCGGUGGGGCCAAGGGAGGAGUUUGACUGGCCCACUGCUUGUCUGGAGAUGGAGCAGCUGAUCACCUGCUGGAGGAGUCAAGCACAUCUUGUGGCCAGACAGACUCAAGAGGAUGAUGAAGAACAGGAUAGAGUGAGGCAGCAGCAAAGAGCAGGGCAGGAUGGAGAAGCAGUAGCAGAGGGACAGGAAGCUGAGAGAGAGGGUAUUGUAGAAGAAGAGGCAGUGCAUGAGGUUGCAUAUGGUGUUGAUGAAGGGAUGGAAGUGGCAUUGGAAGGUGAGGAUGGUGAAUUGCAGCCUGCUGCAGAUGGGAACCAACUGGCAAGACAUGGGGAGGAGUUGGAAGAGAGACUAGAGGAUGAUGCAGGGGCAGUAAUAGAAGGGGAAGGGGACCACAGGGUGGUGUUCGAUGAUGAUGAGCAGCAAGAUGGUGCUCUCAAUCAACAAGAGGAAUUGGAAGACCCCAGAUAUCUGGCUAAUGAAAGACAUGUAGAGAUGGAACAAAGUCAAACCCCCAGAAGUCCUAGCCCACCCCCAGCACUAGAGUGUAUCACCCUCCCCUCAGGACACAUUGCCCAGGUCAACUCAGUCCUCCUCGUGGGGGGUGAGGGGGCAGUUUGUGCCACAGGGUCCAGAGACUGGAAUGUUAAACUGUGGGAUCUGCAGGCAGACUCUGAUAGCAUGCUGCUGCACACAUUGGGAGGGCAAGGCCACUUCAGCACCCAUCUGGGCUGGGUCUGGUGCCUGGCAUCUCAAGGACCUCUGCUGGCCUCAGGAGGCUUCGACAGCACUUUAAGGCUAUGGGACCUACAGGCAGGUGGGGCAGAGAGGGGCCUGAUCAGGGCUGGGGCUGCUGUCCUCUGCCUGUCCUAUCAGACAGACGUGUUGCUGGCUGGUACAUUUGACAAGAAGGUCAGCAUGUAUGACACCAGAGCUGCUGAACCCCUGGUGAAAAGCCUCCGUCUCCAUGGCAAUGCUGUAAUGUGCCUGGCUGCAGAUGACAAGUACAUCAUCUCUGGGAGUAAAGACUGCACUGUGGCCGUCUAUGACCGCAGGGCCGACAAAGGCUUGAAUAAAGUUCGGCUGGGCUCUUACCUACUGUCCAUGAGCUACAGUGACAAAGAGGUGUGGGCUGGAGACAACAGGGGUAUGCUCCACUCCUUUUCUAUGCAGGCGGGAGUCUUAAAACUCCUGUCCCAGUUUGAUGUGGGACACACAGCCUUGGUCACUGGCAUCCACAGGUCUCCUGGAAGCCUCUACACCUGUUCGUCUGAUCGUACUGUCAAGGUUCAUAUCCCUUGUAGACCUCCGAGGACAUUAUGCACACUGCGUCACCAAGCUGGAGUUAAUGGGCUGAGUGUGGAGGCAGGAAUCCUUGCUGUGGCCUCUGGGGAUAUGUGUGUGGAAAUCUGGAAGCCCAGAAAAUGAAAGAACAAGACCAGCAAAUUUUAUAACAAGAAUUGAAAGCAGGUGGGGACAAAGACUGAUGCCAGUCAACAACAUAGUGGUCUUUCAGAAUUUUGGAAUUUGGAAAACAAGGCGUGCAUUAAAAAAAAAAAAAAGUCUCUCUUGCUGUGCUGGCUGGCUGGCUGUAUCAAGAGAGAUGUAAGUAGUAACUUAACAAACACUAGAAGUGGAAAUUAAGAGAAUAGAGCCCCUUGUUGCACACAUGAACAAUUUAAUUUAUUUUGCUUUACUGCCAAACACAGAUGUUACAAAGUAUCAGUUGUGCUUAAGAUCUCUAGAGUUUUUAGAAAUAUUUGCUCCAGUUGUUUGAUGCUAAUUAAUUUUUUUGUCAAAGAAGAGGCUAAAUCUAAGAGGUGUUGAUAUUGUUUUUAUGAUUGAGAUGAGGUUUGGGCAAGUUCAGCUCACAUGAACGUCAACCAAAAACCCAAAAGGUUUUUGUAAUUUCUUGUCUGGUAUUUUUUAGUGAUGAUUUUUCACCUUUAUUUGACAGUCGAAAGUGUACGUCUCUGGCUGGGGUCUAACCACUGCAGUUAUGUGGUAUGUGUCUUAAUCAGUAGACCACCAGGGUUCCCCUUGUCUGACAUUUUUCUACAACCAAAAAACGUGUGUGUGAAAACAGCGAUGGUGUUUAUCACUGAUGUUUGUCCCGCGCACUUAUUUUCUCAUUUUGUGCCAGUACUCAAAGCUUUCAUCAACACUACAUUUGAAGAAGUGUUUGUCCAGCAUGUUCAAACGCUGUGGAAACUACAGACAUUUAAAGGCUUCAAAAUAUUUACAUGCUCGCAAACUGACUGAAUCUGUUACAUUUUACCAAAAGCAUCUCAGUUGUCAUAUAUGGUGAAAUAAAGCCCUCUGUGACACACUCGA